CGCAACUCCCAACUCUUUGACGUUCGACUCAAAGUGGAGGAAGUGGUCAUCAACGCCCACAGAAUAGUCCUCUGUGCCUGCUCCAAUUACUUCAGGAAAAUGUUUCUGUGCGGAAUGGUCGAGUCCACGUCUGACGAGAUACAUAUUCAGAACGUGGAUUCGAGGAUAAUGCAACUCAUCGUGGACUACGCUUACACUGGGGAAAUUCUCAUUUCUUCACAAAACGUGGAAAGACUGUUGGCAGCCUCAGUCUUGCUGCAAGUCCAGGCAGUGACGGUCAGUUGCUGCACUUUUCUGGGGAAUAAGAUGACCCCCUUGAAUUGCAUGGCAAUUGCUCGGUUUGCCACGACACACGCGUCCCCCGAAUGUCAGGCUCUUUGGGAGAAGGCGGUCGAGUAUUCCUUCACCAGGUUCUCAGAGGUCUCCAAGUCGGAUGACUUUCUACAACUCCCUGAAGAAGAACUCGUCCAAAUCCUGACGAAUGAACGACUGUUUACUCGUGUAAGAAUGAGUGCUUAUUCAAGUGCGAGUCGGAAGUGUUUUUUGCAGUUGUGGGGUGGAUUGAAAGGGAUUAUCACACCCGUUUUGACAGAUUCGACAGACUCAUGUCCUUGGUCAACUUUGGCGGACUUCCUCUCACAUUUCUCCGCAAACAACUCACCAAUCCGCUCAAAACCACUCAGAUAUUCUCCCUCUGGGAACGUGUGGACGUGUGUGGCCUCCAUGCCCAGUCCUCGGAUUGGACAUGGCUGUGCUGUCCUCUACAGACAUCUCUACGCGGUGGGGGGAAUCAGAGGGGACAGUCGCCUCAGUUCGGUCAUUCGGUAUUCUCCCGACGACGACGUGUGGACUGAGGUGGCUUCACUCAAUUUCCCUCGAAGUGGAGCAGGUUGGGCAUUACAAUUCAUGUUGAGCAUGUUGUGCUACGUCCUCUCAUAUUUAUGUGGUGGGGGAUAUGACGGGGAGAAUAUCAUGUCUUCUGUGGAGAGGUACGACCCCCUCACGGACACCUGGAGUCUGAUGUCCCCCAUGCCCGUCCCUGUCAGCGGACUGGCCUGUACGGCAGUGUGUCCGGAUAUAAUCUUUGCCUUUGGUGUGAUCAGUGUCCACAUUUUAGGUGGAUAUAAUGGUCGGGAAUUUGUCAAUCAUUUGCAAAUUUAUAAUAUUGAGAGUGAUCAGUGGAGGAACCAGCCUACCGACAACUUUGGAAGGACGGGUCACGGCGUGAUUGUUGGGGGGAGGCCUCAAAUUAUUCACCAGUUGGUCUUUGUUGACUAUUGUAGGAUGAGGGGGCAGAAUAUUUAUUACAUGUGUGGUAGUAUUAAAUGA